GUGUGGCCACAGUGUCAGUCCUCCUUGGUGACGGGCUAAAUGAGGUGUGAGAGAGCGGAAGGGCUUGUGUUUUAUAAGAGCGAAGAUCAAAACUUGAAUGAUCAGAGAGACACAGAGAACUUUGCUAAAAGAAAAUGUCAUGAACAUACACAUAACUCCAGCUGUGUGAGCAAGACGGUCUCCGACAACUACUAAGCCAAGCAACAGGAUUAUCUUCUCUGAGUGAUUCAGAUUGUAAACGUUUGUGCUGAACGAUACUGCUCUCAGCCACUCAAGGACAACGCCAGAGUGUAAUUUUGAAGAUGAGAUUCAGCCUGGUGUUAGGCACUCUUCUCUGCUACAUCACCUGGAUGAGCGUGGUCCAUGCAAACCAUGUACCCGCGGUAACCUGCUGUCCAGGAUGGUCCACCACACAAGUCCCGCAUAAACAAAUUGAGAGUUACACCAUUCUGCCUGAAGGCCUUUGUCUCAUCGCAGCUGUCAUGUUUCAUACAGUUGAAGGAAUUAGAAUUUGCUCCGAUCCCAACAGCAAAUGGGCAAAGAUGGUCAUGCUGAAGGUGGACAAGAGGACGAAAGGGUUGAAAGAGGUGGAACAGAAUGAGCAGGGAUUGACAAGUGACAUUACACCAGCAAUGCCCACUUCAUCCACAAAAGCACCAAGGAAGGACAUCGCUGGAGACAUUACACCAGCAAUGGUCUCUUCAUCCACAAAAGCACCAGGGCAGGACAUCACUGGUGACAUUACACCAGCAAUGGUCUCUUCAUCCGCAAAAGCACCAAGGAAGGAUAUUGCUGGAGACAUUACACCGACAAUGGUCUCUUCAUCCACAAAGGCACCAAAGAAGGAUAUUGCUGGAGACAUUACACCGGCAAUGCCCUCUUCAUCCACAAAGGCACCAAGGCAGGACAUCGCUGGAGACAUUAAACCAGCAAUGGUCUCUUCAUCCACAAAAGCACCAGGGCAGGACAUCACUGGUGACAUUACACCAGCAAUGGUCUCUUCAUCUGCAAAAGCACCAGGGCAGGACAUCGCUGGUGACAUUACACCAGCAAUGGUCUCUUCAUCCGCAAAGGCACCAAGGCAGGACAUCGCUGGUGACAUUACACCAGUAAGGUCCACUUCAUCCAGAAAAGCAUCAAGAAAGAAAGGCAGGAAAGGAAAAAGAUUGCAGAUGAGGUCGAAAAGAUGGAGGAGGUGGCAGAGAAGACGUGCCUAAGAAAUCAUAAGACAAAUCAAAGUUACUGCUGUCAGAAAACAUUACUCUUUCCGAUUUAAUCAUCAAUACAACAUACUGUUGUACUGAUGAUUAAAUCAUAGAUACAUAUUUAAAUAUAUGUUGACUAUAGCUUGUAUAACUGUGUGUAUUUGUAGUAUACAUUUGGAGCUUUCCCACUGUCAGUUUCUAAUAAAAUCUUUCUGAGCAAA